AUGAUUCCAACUAGGAAAGGACGUUCACCAUGUUUAUGGGAAGUUGUUGGCCCUGCUGCUCAUGGGCUUACAUGUGCUAGAACUGUACAUAUGAAUACUCGAGUAGCAAGGGAUUCUGUAAUAAAAAAGGGGAGCCUAAUUGCUAAACUAGAAUACAAUGGAAAGAACAAUAAGUUAGUUAAAGAAAGCAUUCACUCACCAUGCACAGGAGUUGUUCAGACUGUGAAUCUUAACUCUGUUGAAAAACUUAAACUGGUGGUUGUUUGCCAAGUCGCUGUUGAAGAAGUAGAUGGAGUGUUUUCUUUUACACAAGGAAUCUUUACAUACAGUUUUGAUACUAAUUCGAUGAUGGGCAAAACAAAGGUCUUAGUUAAAGGUAUUCAUCAAUCUUCAGUGAUGUUACAUACUCUUGUUAAAGUAAAAGUGCAUGUUGGAGUUUUCAUUUUUGAUUCCGAAUCACAAAAAACUAAGAGAGAAAAAACCUAUACAUCUUGUACCGGACUUUUAAAAGAACUUAAAACUAAUAUAGUGGCACCACCUGAAGACAUAAUAGUUACGCAAAAUUGCAAACUUCCCUUUUGGUUCUUAGUUUACCAAAGAAGAAAACCACAUGCUGCUCAGGACAUUGUUCCUGGUUAUACUCCUUUAUACCCCUCUGGCAUUAUUUAUUCUCAGUCACCAAUUCAACUUAAAGGAAUGAAAGAACCAUCUUAUGGAAUUCCACCUUCUUUAGGUACAAGUUUUCCAGGAUCUCUCGUUAAUGGGCCUUUUCUUAUUUCUCUUAAGCAAACAAAACACUUAUUUAUUGCAGAGACAAGGGUUAAUGAACCUGGGGUUACUAAAUUUUCAAAGAAAUCUGGAACUGUUGUUAAAGCAGACUUUGGACAUUUUGAAUCUCAGGAUUCUAACACAGGUUUGACUAAAAAAUUUCUUAUUCCACUUCCAUGUAUUGGUUUUUUAAUGUCAGCUUUUGAAGGAUCGGUUUCAUCUGAUUAUGUAAUUACACAGAUUGUUUGUAAUCUUAAAGACUUGGAAAUUAAAAUUACUGGUGAAUUAACUACUGACUGGGUAACACCAAAAGAAGAUGAUUUGAAUUGUAUUCAUUUAACAUCAGGUGAUGGUUUCAGCGAAAUAAAAGUAUCUUUAGGUGCGACAGGCACUCCAAAUCUUGUUGAAAGGUUUUUAAAAUCAAAUUCAAUGUCAUUUGCUGGCGAACUAAUUGGUGUUUUUAGCUGUAAUGUUGGACAAUCUGGAAAAAAAGAAGUGAAAUUAUUUUCCCCUUGUACUGGGCCGGCUAAUUCAGCUCAGAACUCAAAAACUCAACUUAAACAAGUUUCUAGUGGAGAACCAAUCUUUACUGUUGGAUGUACUAUGCCUUUAAAUCCUCAAGAGAAGUCUGAGAAAAAGGUUCUUGACCAAACAUUUCUUAAACCUUUACCAGAGGCCCUCAAAAACUGUAUUUCGUAUAAUGUAAGGGGAAAGAAACUUUCUAUCGUCUCAAAUUCACCUUUAACAUUUUUGGAGCUCACUUCUAAAGUUAGGUCUGAAAUGAAAGUUGUAAGUGGGUUAAUUAUUGGGAAGUUUACUUGUAUCGUUCAAGGUAAAAUGCAUACUGCAGAUCUUAAAUCCGAUAUUUCAGGCUCAAUUAUUUUGGAUGUACAAGAUAAAACACAGGUAGCUGAAGAUGUUACAAUGCUUGUAAUUAAAUCUAAUCCAGAAUUCCAAGUUGUUAAAUCACCAGUUACUCUGUUUGGCCAACUAGGCCCGGUGUUAACUACCAAAUCUUCUCCAGAGCUACCCAUUUCUCUUCAGAUGUGGGAACGUGCCUAUCAGUCUUGGAAAAACAACGAUUAUAAGCCUUUAGUGCCUCAUGCUACCAAAUCCUUAAUGGGAGAUCCAAAUUGGAGACUUGAAGAUAAUAUCCUACAGUCACCUCAUUUAUUACAAAACCCUACCCCUCCGUCCCCAACUCACGUAUUUAUAGAGAAAUCUUAUUCAAGUACUUAUGGAGGUAUUUUUGUUCAAGAAGAGAAGGUAGGUAAAACUUUUGUUAGAAGGGUUGGAGUGACAAGAACUUCUGUUGUUUAUUUAUCUGAAACGGAAGAAUGCACAAAAAACUUGGUAAUUGGGACAUUGUUCAUAUAUUUUUAUGGUUCUACUACGCAAGUCCCAGUUAGGUGUCCAUGCACUGGGAAAAUUAGUUCGUUACUUAAGCAUAAAGUCAGUACUUCUGCUGGAGAACAAAUUCAAGCUGGCGGAACUUUUAUGGAAGUAUAUUGUAACAAGAGAUCAGUUACGUGGCUAGAAAAUCCGAACAUUUUUGUUGAGAAUGGUAAAUCAAAGGGCUCUGAUAAAAAAAUUACGGAAGUUAGAGGAGUCGGUACUCCAUUAUAUCCUUUAGAAGGUGGUGACGAAAUUUCCAUAUUUACAAGGACUGUUGGUAUUGCAAGGUUUACUUCAAUUGAUCAGAAAUCAGUGAAAGAGGGAGAUGUUGUUGGUAUUUUUUUGUUUUCUCUAGGCGAGAGUUAUAGUGGUGUAGCAGAUAUUAUAUCUCCGUGUUCUGGAAAAAAGACUUAUCCUUCAACCUCAAUAGAGACAAUGAAUAUAUCAGAAAGAGGUCUUGGAGGGAUGAAAGUAUUUUCUGUAAUGUGUGAUCAGAUCUCAAGGACGGUUUCACCUAGUUACGACGAACAGAAGCUAUAUUAUGACAGUGUUUAUUCUGUUUUUGAAUCAGAAAAUAGCUUAAACUUCUACAAUGCUUUUGCUCGUGUUAGUGCCAUUGUUACUUAUUCAACAAUCAUUCUCACAUCCUUUUCACCAUUGAGAAUGUUUGCUGGAGAUGAAGUUGCUUCGUUGAGUCUUAGGAACGGUGAUGAUUUCUCAGUUAUGAUAAAAACUCCUUGUACUGGUACUAUUAAAGAUGUUGAGGAUUUAAAAACAAGGUCAGGACAUUCUUUUAGUGCUGGCGAUCCAAUUUUUAAAAUACAGUGUGAUUCACUUCGCACUCCUAUCACUGGUGAUUUACCUGUUGCUCCUCCAAUAAAUAGCUCAGAUAAAUCUCUUGUUCAACAAUUAGAAGGUAAUGGAUACAUUUUUAUUGUUGUUACCAGUCCCUGCAAGGUUACCUUCAAGAAUGAGGGGUUAAUUGGUACUGUUGGAGAAAAGGAAGUUGUUGGAAGAGUAACAUGUACCAAUCAACCAGGUGGUCAAGGUACUGAUAUUAUUGUUAAAAAUGCUGGGAUGAAUCUUUUCUUUUUAUCAAUGGCUGCUCACAACCAGAGUGUAUUGCCUGGAACUACAAUAAUGAUGAUCAAAAAGGAUACAGGAAGACAGGAAGUAGAUAGGAUUCCUCAAGGAUCUCAUACUGAUGUAUUGGUUGCAAGAAUUGGAGAUAUAACAGGGUUUGGCUAUGUUUGGUCAACUGUCACUGGGGUUGCAGUUUUCGAUGAGCAAAAAAUUGAAUUAGUUGAAACUGGCCAAAAAUUGGGAGUUUUUACUACUCAAAAUGGUAAAACCAGUAUGGAUAUUACUUCCCCUUGUCCUGGAGCAGUUCACGAUCCAUCUGUAAGAUUGGUUAACAAUACGGUUUCUUUACCUGGAGACGAAAUAUUAAGGGUUUUUUGUGGUUUACCUUCAGUCCCAACUUCAGCUUUGGAGUUAACUCCUCCAACAGCUCAGCAACUUUCUGAAAAAAAUAGAGAUCCUAUUAUCACAAAGAAUAUGCUUGGAAUUUAUACAGUCUCUUGGCCAACGUUUAGAGGGAUAGUCCAGUAUUCUCCCACCUGGGUUGUUUACACUCAAAUCUUUCUUCAGGCAGGAGAUGCCUAUGGAACCUUUAUUUACACUGACGAAGACAAUAACUCUAAAUCUAGCAGUUUAAUUGCUUCCUGCAAUGGAAAAUUGGAUAUGAAAAUUGUUUCAGAAGUAAAUGGAAAGAUGGUUAAUCCCGGAGAGAAAGUCAUUUCCAAACUACAUUGCACGCGUAUUCACUACGUUAAUAGUAGUAUUGAUAUAUUUGAUGAUGUUAUCCAAGGUUCUUCCUCAUCUUCUGAAAGUUCCUCAAGUUCAUCAUCACCGUCAUCACCAUCAUCACCAUCAUCACCAUCUUCACCGCCUCCACCACCUUCACCACCUCCACCACCUCCACUUCCAUCGGAACCUCAAUCUAAAUCUCCAUCUCGAAGAAAUCCAAAGGUAGUAAAUCCUCCAAUGCUUCCACAGCUCGAAGUAUGCCUGGGAGUAAUUCGUUUUCUGAAGCAAAGCAAUCACUAA